AGUGUAGUCGUUGGGUGAAAUGGCCCACGGGAUUAAGCCCAGAAACGAAAACUAAAAGAGAGAAAAGCUUCUUAUUCAUGUUUGAAUGAAUCCAAAUCCAAGUGAGGGUGUUGAUCGAUGAAAUGGAAAUUGGAGGCAGAAAGUUGAAAAGCAGAGAAACGAUGGCCGUCAAAUCGGUGACGCAGUCGUCACCUCCUCCGAGAUCAAGAGGAAGAACCUCUCUACUCCAAAACCCCAAAACACCCUUCGCAUUCGCUCUUCUCUUCGCCGACGCACUCCUCGUCUUCCUCAUAAUCGCAUUCGUCCCCUAUACGAAGAUAGAUUGGGACGCUUACAUGUCACAGGUUACCGGGUUUCUCGAAGGAGAGAGAGAUUACCGCAACCUUAAGGGAGACACUGGUCCUCUUGUUUACCCUGCAGGUUUUCUAUACAUUUACUCUGCAUUUCAGUAUCUCACUGGAGGACAAGUUUACCCUGCCCAGAUUUUGUUCGGAGUGUUGUAUAUCAUUAACCUAGCUAUCGUUCUCGCCAUCUAUGUCAAGACCGAUGUGGUUCCGUGGUGGGCACUCUGCUUGCUUUCUCUGUCGAAAAGAGUGCAUUCCAUCUUCGUGCUUCGUCUAUUCAAUGAUUGUGUGGCGAUGACACUUCUUCAUGCUGCAUUGCUCUUGCUCGUGCACCGAAGGUGGAAUCUUGGGUUGAUUUUGUUUAGUGGAGCUGUUUCGGUGAAGAUGAAUGUGCUUCUUUAUGCUCCACCUUUACUGCUCCUCAUGCUCAAGGCUAUGGAUAUCAGUGGUGUGUUAUUGGCAUUAGCUGGUGCAGCACUGGUUCAGAUAUUAUUGGGGCUUCCUUUCCUGGUUUCGUAUCCAAUUGCAUACAUAUCAGGUGCCUUCAAUCUUGGCCGUGUCUUCAUCCAUUUCUGGUCUGUUAACUUCAAAUUCAUCCCUGAACCAGUAUUUGUGUCCAAGGGAUUUGCAAUCUUUUUGUUGGCUGCCCACCUGCUAUCACUUGCUGCAUUUGCGCAUUAUAGUUGGUGCAAACAUGAAGGAGGGCUAUGCAACUUUCUGCAUUCUAGAUAUGUCUUUAUGAGACUGAGGUUUGCGCUUUUCUUCUCUUCCACUUUUUCUAAGAAGGUUGGCAAGAGCAGUUCAUCAUCCCUCAAGGUCCUUACUAAAGAACAUAUUGUGACAACUAUGUUUGUCGGGAACUUCAUUGGCAUUGUAUGUGCUCGGUCAUUGCAUUACCAGUUCUAUUCAUGGUACUUCUAUAGCUUACCUUACUUGUUGUGGAGAACGCAUUACCCAACAUUGCUGCGUUUGAUUUUGUUCGUGGGAGUGGAGCUGUGCUGGAAUAUCUAUCCUUCUAACAGCCUUUCUUCUGCGCUACUUCUCUGCCUUCACUUAAUUAUUCUAUGGGGUUUGUGGUCUGCUCCGACAGAGUAUCCUUAUGCAGAAAGUAAACCAUCCUCUCACAAAAACAAAUAGAAAUUCCCAAAGGUUUUCCCCCUAUUUUGUGGAGGAAAAAAAUAUGACCUGGACAAAUGAUAUUUUCCUUAUCAGUUAUCACCCCUUCCCCGUUGAUGUAGAUGUAUGUGGCGUAUCUUGGUGCAAGCCUAAGGAUAACUAACUUACGUAAAACAGAAUGUAGGAGCGACAAUUCUUUAGAUAUCGGUGUCAACAUUUUGUAAAUUUUGCAUUUAGUAAUUAAAUGAUGAGUGUGUCAAAGGGAAUUAUUGGCA